CGAGCCUUUGUUUGGUCUCUUUCUCUCUCUCUCUCUCUCUCUCUCUCUCCUCUCUCGCGCUCGAUCGAUCCUUCUCCAUUGUUCUCCACCUCGACUCGCUAGGGUUAGGGUUUUGAUCCCGUUGGGAAUCGAAAGGAGGGUUCUUCUCCUUCGACUAUGCGAUCGGGGGAUUAGGGUUUGGGGGAGGAAGAGGAGGCGGCGGCGAUGGAACCGGACUUCUCCCACCCGAGCGGCGACCCGAGCUUCGAGUUCGCCUUCAACUCCAGCAACUUCUCCGACCGCGUCCUCCGCAUCGAGAUCGUCCCCGGCCCGCCGGAGAUCCGGUCCGACGCCGUCGGCGGCGGCGGCACCUCCUCCUUCUCCUGGGCCGGGCACCGCAAGCGCCGCCGCGAGGAGAUCAAGAAGGAGACCGCUGCAGAGUUCAAAGUGUACAACUCAGGGCAUAUUUUGGACUGCAACCAGCCAGAUAUAGAGGAUGGUGUGGCAGAUGAAAACCAAGACGGUGAAGCUGUAGCUAUGAUUGAAGAAUCUCCAUCAGGUGAUGAGCCUUCACAAUGCAGUGAUUCUUCUGGGAGUAUGGAUUGCUCCCCUGUUCCAGUAAAAUCUGUUUAUAUCAGUUCCGCGAUAUUAGCUGCAAAGAGUCCCUUUUUUUACAAGCUUUUCUCAAAUGGUAUGCAAGAAUCUGACCAGCGGCAUGCUACCUUGCGCAUAAAUGCCUCAGAGGAGGCUCCUUUGAUGGAACUGCUAAGCUUUAUGUACAGCGGCAAGUUAUCAAACACCUCUCCUUCUUUCCUUCUAGAUGUUCUAUCGGCUGCGGACAAAUAUGAGGUCGUUUCUUGCAUGAAGCAUUGUUGCCAGUUGUUGCGAAGUUUGCCAAUGACCAAGGAUUCAGCUUUAUUAUAUUUGGAGCUUUCUGCAAGCAUCUCAAUGGCUUCAGCAGUGCAGACACUAACUGAUGCCGCCAAGGACUUCCUCGCAAAUAAUUUCAGGGACCUAACAAAGCCCCAAGAUGGAAUAAUGGAUCUCCCGCUUGUUGGAAUCGAGGCGAUCCUUUCCAGUGACAACCUUCAAGUAGCAUCAGAGGAUGUAGUCUACGACUUCGCACUCAAGUGGGCCCGCCGCCACUACCCUAACCCCGAGGAGCGGAAGGAAAUCCUCGGGUCCCGCCUCUGCCAGCUCAUCCGCUUCCCCUUCAUGACCUGCCGGAAACUCCGGAAGGUCCUUAUCAACACCGACCUCGACCACGAGGUCGCCUCAAAAUCUGUGCUCGAGGCCCUCUUCUUCAAGGCCGAGCCACCCCACCGCCAAAAAACCCUGGCGGCAGCCCGCGACGAAUCCAGCAACAACAACAGCAACAGUAACCGAAGCUACGUAGAGCGGGCCUACAAGUACCGGCCCGUGAAGGUGGUCGAGUUCGAAUCCCCUCACCCGCAAUGCAUCGUGUUCUUGGACCUCAAGCGCGAGGAGUGUGCGGGCCUUCACCCGUCGGGCCGGGUCUAUUCCCAGGCCUUCCACCUGGCGGGCCAGGGCUUCUUCCUCUCAGCCCACUGCAACAUGGACCAACAAGGCUCGUGGCAUUGCUUCGGACUCUUUCUAGGGAUGCAAGAGAAGGGGUCGGUGAGUUUUACGGUGGACUAUGAGUUUGCAGCAAGGGCUAGACCAUCGGGGGAGCUUGUGAGCAAGUAUAAAGGAUCCUACACCUUCACGGGUGGGAAGGCAGUCGGAUAUCGGAACUUAUUCGGGAUACCUUGGACUUCAUUCAUGGCCACUGACAGUCCAUACUUCAUUAAUGGUGUUCUCCACCUGAGAGCCGAAUUGACCAUAAAACAACCGCAACAGCUGCAGACGUGCUGAGCUUCCCUCUUCGGUAAUAAACAUGCUUUUUGGUUCUCUAGUUGUCGCGUUGCAGUUGAUAAGUUCAUGGUCUGAGGGGGAGAUGACUUAGUAAAUGAGCUCAAUUGUAGUUUUUUGUGUUUGUAAUGAUGUAUCGGAAAAGAUGAAAAGAAAGUUGAAUGGCAUUGCAGAAACGAUGGUUUUGCUUACCAAGGUUUAGGGCAGUUGUACAGGUGGAUAUGUAAAUUAUUAUUAUUAUUAUUAUUACUACUAUUAUUAUUAUUAUUUUCCUUGUUUGUUAUGCUUCUACGAGGGAGCUACAAAAAAAAAAAAAUUGAUGUCUUAUGCAGGUC